AUGGGCGCCAACGAGUCUGCCAAUCUACACUCAGAAACAGGAACGACCGUUCCCGUUAGACGACGUGCACACACAUCCUACACACGAAGUCCGCCUGACUAUUUUGGAAGUCCUCAUGUCAACAAGAAUCACCAAACCACCAACAACAAUAAUAAUAAUAAUGAUGAGAAACAGAAAAAUUCCAACAUCAUCCUCACUGAAUUCGAUGUGAAACAGAUGAUGGCACGUAGUCGAGCGGGAACGGUUUGUGUGUCUUCAAUGUCACGUCGACAGUCUUCUGAAGAGACUGAGAAGAGCAUUCUGGAGACCGUCAGACAAGCGACAGAUGAAGAGUCCACUUCUUCCGGAAUGUCCAAAAAGGGAAGUAUCAGCUCACGAAAAUCAACAGGAUCACAUGAUUCUGGUGUCGGAACUCACCCUAAUUCACCCAUUGCAUCCAGUUUUCACUUGCCAACCACUUCCUCUUCAUCUCGUGGAGAUGAACAAACCUUGCCAGUUGUUCCCAAAAUCACAGUAUCUCUUGCCGAAGAUACGAAUGAAACAGAAGAAAAAAAGAAGCAGAGAAAUCUCAAAAGAGCCAUUAUGAAGAAGGUUUUUAAGAAGAAGAGUGCGAAAGUAAUUGAGAUGAGAACCAGGUCAAAAUCAUUAGGAUCACCAAAUGCAAUGUAUUCAAAUGGUAAGUUUUGCAUGAAAGGAUUAUAA